AUGUCGCAAAAUUGCUCAAGUGAAAACAGCACACCGAAUUGUAGUUCUGAUGGACCAUUCAUUUGUCAAGUAAGUUACAUACAAAUUUGUUUCAAAAAAAAUGAAAGUAUUUUUAAUUUCAGAGCUAUUUAUCUCAACCAUCUGAAAUUCCAAGUAAUGAUUGUUGGUAUCAUGGAGAAUUAGAAGAAAAUGGGGCAAAUCGUUUAUUGAAAGGCAGUCAAACUGGUACAUUUUUAGUAAGAAGAAAUGGAAAAACUCGAUAUUAUCUGUCAAUUAUUGAUAGUGAGCAUAAUAUAAAACAUUUGCCGUAAGUUUUCUUCAUUUUUUUCGUGACAAAAUUUCUAUUUUUUUUAGAAUUCGUCAAAUCAAUUCAGUUUUUUUCUUUGAAGGGAAAAAGUUUGGGCAACUUCACGAUAUAGUUUCAAUUUACAAACAUGCUAAAUUUCCAUUUAGAAAAGAUGACAACGUGACCAUUUAUCCAACGGUUUGAUUUGUGAAAAAAUUCUGAUAAAAAUCAUAAACUAAAUUUUUCAGCAAGAAUAUCUUGGUAUGAAAUACAUUUGUAUUCGAACUUUUGAAGCUGAAGAUGUAAAUGAUUUGAAUGCUGAACCUGGUGAUAUUUUAUCUGUUUCUGAAACUGAUGAUAUUACUUGGUUUAUUGGUCGAAAUGAGAAAAAUGGAUCAAUUGGAAUGGUGCCAAGUGAAUAUAUUGAACCAUUAGUGAUUGAAGUUGAAACAAUGUUCGAAGUUCGAUAUUUUCAUGAUACAGAUUUAACGGAUAGUGUUAAAUUUCAACAAUUAGGCUCGUUUUUAAUUAGAAGAUCAUCAAAAGGCCCAGAUACUUAUGCGCUUCUUGUUAAAACACAAUGUGAUUUAGUUGAGAAGUUUCUAAUUGUUGGAUCUCCUUCCCGAGGUUUCAAUGUUGCUGGAAGAACUUUUAGAACUAUUGGAAAUGUUAUAAACAGGUAUUUUCAGAUUAUAAAAAAAUUUAAAAUGUUAUCUAAAUUUUUCAGAUAUUGUGAACGGUCGAUUUCUGGUGGAGUUCGUCUAACUCACGCAAUUUUUGAAGAUGUCAAACAAAAACCAAUUUCCACACUUCAAAAAAAGGUGAGAAUUAUUUUUGAUCUCACCGAAAUAUUUUUUGAUCUACCCGCGUCAUUCGAGAAAAACAAAGACUCAUUUUUCAAACCCCCAAAAAAAUCAUUUCAAAGCAAAAUAUUUUUUUUCCAACCCAUUCCAUCCCACCAUAUCCAUUUUCGAUUCUGAAAUUUUUUGGCACUAAAACAAAAAAAAACACAUUAUUGAAUUAUAUGAUGGCGCGCCUUCAUGAAAUCGUUAAUUUUUAUGUAUGAAUGAAUGAUAUUUUUUAUGCUGGCGCUUGCAAAACCUUUUCAAAACUCAACUAAUACUUUUUGGCAAGAUGUUUUCGAUUUUGGCUAAAAUAAAAAAUAUGAAGGUAAAAUAAAUAAAUAAAUAAAAAUAUUGUUGACCUACUUUUAAAAAAAAAUAAUUUCAACGUGACCUAAAUACGUGGCAUUUGUUGUUUUUUAUUUCGUAUUUUGUUCAGAAAACACGUCGCGUUUUUCGUGGUGUUUCAAUUGAUACAUCUAUUUUGGUACCUACAGCAUCAACUUCUUCAUCAUCUUUUCUUAGUCCAGCACCUUCUUCAUCACCGGAUAAUAUUAUUUCGUCUUCUACAACAAAUAAUAUUAUUGGAAAUACAUCGAAUACUGAUACAAAAAUUAUGGUGAGUUAUUAUAUUAUAGUUUUUCGAGUCAAAAAAUACAACAUUUUUUCUUUUUAGUUUGAUCAUUUCAACGAAGAAGAUUAUAAUGAUAAUCUGGAAACAUUGAGUACAAUUAUUGCAACAUCGAGUGCUCUACGAAAGUGUGAGUUUUCAGUAAAAUAAAAUUCGAAUUUCAAAUUGUUUUCUCUCCAGCUCGAGAAGAUAAAUCAUGGAAAGAAUGUUGGCUAUCACUGUCUGAUUUAUCUUGUGGUUCCAGUCAGUUGGCUAUAUUUGACUCAAUGGUAAUUAGUUAUUGUUUAUUUUAAUUCAAAAUUCAAUAUUUUUCAGGGUUCAAAACGACGACAAUUGAUUGAUUUAUCAGCAUGCACAUUAUUUUGGUUAGAUGAAACUGUAUUUGGUGUUGAUGGAUGUGUUUAUAUAUCUGCAAAUUAUCCCCAACAAGCUCCAAUAUUUCUUUGUUUUCGGCCAUAUUCUGCAUUUUUGAAAUGGAUUCGUUUGAUAAGAUUGCGAACAAUAUUUCAAGAUGUUCCACCAUCGAUGUCUCAAUCAACUAUAUCUUAUAAUGAACCUAUUUCACAAAUGUCGAUUUUAUGUGUUGAAGUGGAAAAAUAUCGAUCCGACACCUUAAAAUCAGAUAUGCUUUAUUCAGCAAAUGUUUUAUUGAAUGGAAUUAAAGUAAGUCUUGUUUCCCCUACAGUUUGUUCUCUAAUUAAAAAAAUUAUUUGCAGAUUUGUUCUUCAAAUUCUUUUGCCCCCACCAACAAUAAAAACUCGACCGAUUUGCCCGUUGUUAUAAUUGAUUCGAAAUUUGUUUUACCGUAAGUUUUAUUUUUUUUCUAAUUUUGAAAAAAACCUCCAAUCAAUGCAUUUUUUGUAGAUGUAUUCCAACAUGUAAUACAAGUGUUCAAUUAGCAAUUGUUGGUCAUUCUUCUUCAACAAAUAAAAGAGGCCGCCCUUGUGGUGUUUCUUCUCCAAUUACAUUAUCCGAUUCCUCAUCAACAUCAUCAAUUCAUCAUAUUCCGCCAGCUGAUAUUGGUUUCACAUUUCGUGCUGAAAAACAUCGUUUUCCAAUUUUGCAGCAAGAACGAUAUCGACCUCUAUUGGAUGCAAUACGGUAAUUUUUAGCGUCUUCUUUUUUUCAAGAAGAAACCCUAGGCUCAUUUAUUCAAAAAUUUUCUCUAAAUUUUUUUUUCAAAAUUGAAAACUAUAUCACAUUUCAAACUAUUCCAGAGAUUUGCCAACCGAACUUUUCCAAUGGCCAUCACAAGUUUUACCGCAACAACACAAGAUAUUUUUAUAUUCGUGUAUUUCUCAUCUCUAUACCAUGGAUCCAUUGAAUAUGAGCAAUGUUUUUCGGCGAAUAAUAAGUGAUGUAUUGAUUUCAUCAACACCAGAGGAUGUUUUUCGAAAAGAUUCAAUGGCAACUGGAAUUGUUACACAAGUUCUGCGACAUUUAUUCAAAACACCUUUCGAUGAAUUUUUGACGGAAAAUGCUUCUUUUGUUCAAGCUUGUAAAAAUCAGGUGAGAUUUUUAAGUAAAAUUGAUAUUUUUGAAAAUCAAAAAUUAUUCAGAACAUCGAACAAGCAGUUGAACUUCUAGUCAAUUUUGUUGAUCAACGCCUUUUGACAAUUCCAUUAGCUUGUCGUUUAUUGGCUGUUUGUGCAGAAUGUGCAAAAACAAGGUUUAUCGACGAACCGCAUGUAAUAAAACGAACAUUGAGUGCACUUCUUAUUCUUCGUGUUCUUAAUCCAAUUAUAUUCACCACUUUGAAUAAUGGAGGAAUUGGAAGUCAAGUGGCUAAAUUGGUUCAGACUUGUGCUAAUUCAGCUGCUUCUCAAACUUGUGCCGAGCAAUUGACAGAAACGGCUGCCACAAUACGAAGAGCUUUUGAUCGAAUAAUAAUUUUGUCGGAUCAGGUAACUCGAAUAAAAAGAAAAAACAAAGAAAAAAAUAUAAAAACGUGACAAUUUUUGAGAACUUCACUUUUAAUCAUUUAAAAAAAACGUUGCAAAAAUUUUUUUUUUAAAUUACUUUUUCGCUAAAUUUGAGAAUUUAUUGGAAUGUUGAAAAAAAUGCAAACCUCACCCAAUACCUGGAAUUCCAGGUGGACAAUUUUUUUUCGAAAAAUCUAGGUGGGCAAAAAAUUUUUAGGGUCUUUAAGGCGAGCCUUAGGUGGGCAAAAUUUUUAGGGUCUUUAAGGCGAGCCUUAGGUGGGCAAAAUUUUUAGGGUCUUUAAGGCGAGCCUUAGGUGGGCAAAAUUUUUAGGGUCUUUAAGGCGAGCCUUAGGUGGGCAAAAUUUUUAGGGUCUUUAAGGCGAGCCUUAGGUGGGCAAAAUUUUUAGGGUCUUUAAGGCGAGCGUUAGGUGGGCAAAAUUUUUAGGGUCUUUAAGGCGAGCCUCAGGUGGGAAAAUUUUUUAGGGUCUUUAAGGCGAGCCUCAGGUGGGCAAAUUUUUUUUUAGGGUCUUCAAGGCGAGCCUCAGGUGGGCAAAUUUUUUUAGUAGGUGGGCACUUUUUGAAAAUUAACCCAGGUGGGGCAAUUUUUUACCCACUUCUCCAGGUUCUUGGGUGAGGUUUGAAAAAAAUGUUUGAAAAUGCUAAGAUUUAAAAAAAUUAAGCUGAAUUUAUUGAGUGAAAUAUUUUUCAGAGCCAAUUUUUUUAACCUAAAAAUGAUCUUAAAACUGAAGAACCCGUCUUGAAGAUUCAGUCUUGAACCACACCUGGCGAGAGAGUCUCCCAAAAUUUUUGUGAAGCGUGGAAAAUUUGGAAAAAAAAUUGUGCAGCGUGAAAUUUUGAAUUUUUUUAAAAUUAUCAUCAAAAUCCGCUGAAAAUCGAUGAAAAUCCUUUGUAAAUUUUUGUACAGUGCCUUUUUUGGUCACAUCGCGUCCGAUGUGUCUUGAACUGAAGUCUCUUUACCUGAAGAUUCCUUUUCCCAUUGAAAAUAUUUGUCAAAAAAUAAUAAUUACAGAAAGAAGAUGUAAUAAUAACGGACAAUGAUGGAUUCUCGAUGUCAAGUGAAUGGUUAUCAAGUAUUGCUCAUUUGAUUGGCUUUUCUCUUAACUUGAAAUCUUCUGCAAUUACAAACAAUGGAGAACAAUUAACACAAGAAGAUGUACAUAAUACGUUACCACUUGCUGUUCUCGAACUUGUCAGGUAAAUUUCAAUAUAAUUUUUCCGAAAUUUCAUCUAAAAAUAUUCAAGGCUUCAUCAAUAA